UCGUUCGUUUCGAAGAUCAACAAACUUGACGCGCGGAAAUCAACAGUCACCUUUAUCGCUUGCAAAAAUGUCUCAGUACAGAAAGUCUACAGUUGGCGGUGGCCAAAGAAAGAAAACUGGCCCAAAGCCAGAACUGACUGAAGAGCAGAAGGAGGAAAUUAGGGAAGCGUUCGAUCUUUUUGAUGCAAGCGGUACCGGUACGAUAGACACCAAGGAGUUAAAGGUGGCCAUGCGAGCAUUAGGAUUUGAACCAAAGAAAGAAGAAAUUAAGAAAAUGAUAGCUGAUAUUGAUAAGGAAUCAAAAGGCACUAUUGACUUCACUGAGUUCAUCUCGUUGAUGACACAGAAAAUGAGUGAAAAAGAUUCUAAGGAAGAGAUUCUCAAAGCAUUUAAGUUAUUCGAUGACGAUGAAACGGGCAAGAUUUCAUUCAAAAAUCUCCGACGUGUAGCAAAGGAAUUAGGUGAAAAUCUUACGGACGAAGAAUUACAGGAAAUGAUUGACGAGGCUGACAGGGAUGGAGAUGGUGAAAUCAAUGAGUCGGAAUUCCUCAGGAUCAUGAAGAAGACCAGUCUUUAUUAGACAUCCUUACGCCCCGAGAUCAACUUGCAGAAGAAGGGUGAAAUAAACAUUGAUAAGAUGCAAUGACUCUGAAGAAGAUGUGCUGUGAAACCCACUUCUUGAGCCGAAAGCCUUCGAACAAAAGAAGGUUUUCAGUACUUUUAACGGGCCUGCUGUUCAUUACAUUCGUACUUGAGAAAAAACUUUUAACCUCAGAAAUCACAUUUUAAAGCUAACAAAACUAGCUGUUACAAUACAAGUCCACCCUUUCCUGUUUUUUUUGGUAUUUGUAAAAAAUGAGCCGUGUUUAUUUCUUGCCUACUUAUAUUUUAGUGAAAUUAAAAUGUUAUAUGUUGUCACUGAUAAAAUUCUCCAAAAAGACUUGUUGACAUUAUAAGUUUUGAAAUAUGUAAAGGCUGGGUUAGGGGGGUUAUGAUUCGGUCAAGUGUUUUGUUGUAAAUAGUAAAUGUAUGUUUAUGCACUCAGCAGGUCUGAUGUGAGUCCCUUGGGGGCUAGUCAUGAAGUAUGCACUUUAUUUGAGUUAACCUCCCCAGUGAAUUGAAUGCCAUCACCCAGCAAUUGUUAGGAAAAGUUCUUUUUGAAUUUUAAUCAUAUCUUGAUGAAGAUUAUUAUGACUCGGAUUCCAAAGGCUGAGUGUUCUGGACCAGUUUUCCAAGCCUGUUAAAUGUACCUAUCUGUAAAGUAUAUCUUAACGGCUCCCCAGGUGACCACCGUUAGCCAAUACCUGUACCAGUAUUCAGUCUUUUUCACUGAGGCGCAUUCUUCAUGGCAACCCCAAUGGGUCAAUGAGAGAGCUAUGGUUAUGUUGAGAAAGCCAUAAUGUGGAUUGUUACCAAAAAAAUCAUUUCGAAUAGAAAAAUUACAAGUAAAUUUCAUAACAACCAUGGUUACACAGAUGUUAUUUGGACAAACACAGUAUUCUUUUCAUUCAUGCAGAGCUGACAAGAUUUCCAUUCUCCCCACAUGUAUUUCCUUUCUCACUAGACCUCAAUCUAACUGAUGAUAAUCCAACAUGUAUAAAAGACCUUGCAUUAUUUUCUUUUAAAACUACAAAGCUGGGAAAUUUUCGCUGCUCCUUAGUUUCAUAUUUUUUGCGACCGGCAGCAUUUGCAAAAAUAAUAUGCCGCAACAAACAAAAGUUGAUUGAAAUGACGUUUCUGUACAGUGGUCUCAAAC